UUAGAAUCUUCUGGUUCACUACUAUAGAUAUAAGAAUUUUUGAAUAUGUACAGUAGACAUGAAUUCGCUUGUUAGUUUAAGGUUAUUUUUAGUUGCUUUCCAACAAGAACAGGACGCGUUGUCUACCUAUAAGUUUUGUAUAUCAGGGCAAAUGACGUCAUCAUGACAUGCACAAACUUUGGGCCACGUCAGGGUUCAGUCCAACGCGAUGAGGCCCUAUCUGCUCAGCCUCCUAGUGAUUAUGGUCGUCAUGAGGCCCGUCCAAGGUUCCCGACUGAAAAGGCUGGAGGAGGAAAUGAAAUUCGUAAAAGGCAUCCUCUUCAAGGAGCUGGGAUCCAUUCGAGAUGAAGUGAAAGAACUCACCACGAGGGUGGAACUUCUGGAAAAUACCACGAGCGCUAUGGGAUUGGAAAGUUCCAGCCAAGAUAUGGAGAUUUCUGCUGACACGUUUGAUGGUAAAGGCAACACACAAACUAUAACUGCCGAGAAUUACGACGCAAGUGUUGACGCAGAGAUAAAAUAUAUCCGCAAGGCUUACUCUCAGGACAAAGAGGCUUUACAAAACCUGAAGGAAAGUGUCAAGGACAGCAUACUGGACCUUGAACACAGGGUGAACGCUCAUGUUGAACACCUCAACACACAAUCUCAGCAACAUAUUGAAUUAAUUCAAGGAAAUAUAUCGCUGGCUAAAACAACAUUGUCCGAUUUCAUCAACACUACAGCUGUUAGCGUCAGUACUGUGUAUGAUAAGAUGAACAUGACAGUGACUGAAUUCAUCGCAAAUGCAAGUGCACUGAUUUCUUUGAAACUGAGUGAUACAGUUCAAGAUUUAGAACACAAUCUCACUACCAUAUAUCGGCAUAAUGACAACGUACUUCAAACGUUCAUGUUUACCGCUGAUCAAAACGUGACAGAAGUUCUUCAUGCAGCAGAACACAUUGGCAAUAUGAUCGUGACUAACUAUACGGACUUGCCGAGAAAUUUACAAUUAGAAAAUCAAGAUAUUCGGAAUAAGAUUGCUGAUGUUGAAAGGAUGUUCUUUUGUAAUGAAAUUAAUUUGAUUGGAACGAACGGUUACGACAACUUCUAUCCAUGCGAACGUGUCAUCCGUCUAGCCAACGCGUCCCCAUAUCUCUCCAAUGGCGUACAGGGGCGGCUUGAGGUCCGCCAUAAUGGAAAGUGGGGGACGGUUUGUAAUGACGCUUUUCAAGGUUAUGGAUCUGCUGGUGUAGGUGAACCUUACAUAACAAACAACGUUAACGUGGUGUGUAGAAUGUUCAGGUUCCGGGAAUGUGAAUAUGUGAAAUAUGUGGGUGGAGGCAGUGGUACUAUCUGGAUGGACGACGUGGAGUGUGGGGGCGGGGAGAGUAGUAUUCUGGAAUGUCCUCACCGUGGGUGGGGGAGUCAUAACUGUGAUCAUGACGAGGGUAUAGGGUUCCGUAUGUGGAACUGAGGAAACAAACACGAAUGAACAUGUUUUAUGAAAAUAAACUCAACAAUAUGCUUCUUUCAUGUAUUAUUUUGUUUAAAGCUUGAUAACACUUUAAUUCAAACGUUAUUUCAUAUAACUUACUAUUCAUUGAUAAUUGCUAUCGUCGAAAAUAUGCUUUACAUUACUUAUUCUGAUUUUCAUUUUGCUACAUAUAUACCAUAUAGAAACAUUGGGCCGAAUUUUCAGACUUUGUAAAAGUUAACAACUAGUGCCCGCUACCCCGACCCCCUCUUGAUUCUCACGUCCUAUUUUUAAAUUUCUUACAGAUUUAAGUUCGCAACCGCACUAACUUUCAAUUUCUUACAGAUUUAAGUUCACAACCGCACUACGUUCAAAUUUCUUACAGAUUUAAGUUCACAACCGCACAAAGUUCCAGUUUCCAACAGAUUUAUGUUCACAACCGCACUAAGUUCCUUUUUCUUACAGAUUUAAGUUCACAACCGCACUAAGUUCCAAUUUCUUACAGAUUUAAGUUCACAACCGCACUACGUUCAAAUUUCUGACAGAUUUAAGUUCACAACCGUACGCCAUUUAUCUAUUGCUACCAGGUUUCAGAUCUCAAGAAAGGUAACUCUCCAGCGUGCUUCAUUUCAAUAAUCUUUGCCAGAUAUCGUGUUGCUGUAAGGUAACAUAUUUUGCCAGAUAUCGUCUUGCUUCAAGGUAAUAUAUUUUGCGAGAUAUCGUGUUGCUUCAUGGUAACAUAUUUUGCCAGAUAUCGUCUUGCUUCAAGGUAAUAUAUUUUGCCAGAUAUCGUCUUGCUUCAAGGUAAUAUAUUUUUCCAGAUAUCGUGUUGCUUCAAGGUAACAUAUUUUGCGAGAUAUCGUCUUGCUUCAAGAAAACAUAUUUUGCGAUAUAUCGUGUUGCUUCAUGGUAACAUUUUUUGCCAGAUAUCGUCUUGCUUCAAGGUAACAUAUUUUGCCAGAUAUCAAGAAUGCUUGAAUAUGUACAGUAAGCAAGAAUGCUUGAAUAUGUAUGUUACAAGGCCAGAAUGCUUGAAUAUGUACAGCAGGCAAGAAUGCUUGAAUAUGUACAGCAGACAAGAAUGUUUGAAUAUGUACAGUAAGCAAGAAUGCUUGAUUAUGUAUGGUACAAGGCCAGAAUGCUUGAAUAUGUACAGUAGGCAAGAAUGCUUGAAUAUGUAUAGUACAAUGCAAGAAUGCUUGAAUAUGAAUAGUAGGCAAGAAUGCUUAAAUAUGUACAGUUGGCACAUAAAAUCACGUGUUUCUAAUGUUCUUUGUAAUUGCCAUCCAACAAAAACGACAGGUUAUUUAGAUAUAAGCUAUAUGAAACAGGGCAAAUGACGUCACCAGGGCAUGUACAAACCUUGGGCAACGUUAAGGGGAAAACAAAAAACUGUGCAAUUUUCUAAUAAAAUCUUAACAGUC